AUGGGAUGUGCACCGAGCAGGGACACGGUGACACACCAGCUUGUUGCCGAGCAAACUACUAAUAUCCGACCCACUUCAUAUGAUCUAGACGAACACAAGGCAGGGCAAUACGACGUUAUAGAAGAAAGCACCCCACUCGAAAAGAAAGAGGAGCUGGAGGGCACUCUUUUGAGGCACCUAGCUCCUAAAUGGGUCCCUCAGAUCCUCGUUCCAGAGGAGGAAUACGUGUCGGACAGUGACACGGAAACAACAAAUACUCUUGGGCUGGAAAUAUUAAUGACUGAAUUAUCUUUAAAAAAAAAUCAGGCUUCCCUGGAUAGCCGGAUUUCGAACUUUUCCUUCAAGUCUUGGCAGAGUUCCGUCAGUUGCGACUCGGGAGUCUUUGAAUUAGACGACGAAUAUGCUUUUGUAAUCACCGAACACUCUACCUUGGAGAAGGUUCAAGCAGUAGAGAGAGAUUUCACACCUGUUCAGAAUCUUGAGUUAAUCGUGGAAGGAAAAGCGUGUCCGAAGAAGCUGAACUUUAAAGAACGUGACAAAAUGGAAAACGAAGAGAUCCUGGAGAAGUUGCGCGAAGAAGGUCUUGUUCUAAAACCCGAGUCCAGAGCAACAGGUGGAAUUAGAUUUGACGUAGUGUCUGAAGAAGAAGCCAGAAAGCCGGCUAAUAGUCCGAUGGUCCGCCGUCUCCCCCCUUUGAGACUACAGAACCGGGCAAAGCAAAGAAGUAAACGUAAAGAUCUUACCAGUGAUGAGAUAAAUGAAAAAUUAGAAAAAGCAAAUGAAAGGAAAAAGCAAAAAGAAGAGGAAAGAUUGAGAAAAUUAACGACUCAACAGAAGAUCGACGAAAUAACGUCAGCUGUCGCUCAUCAAGCGGAAGAAAAGAAGCAGAAACAGGAUGAAAAGAUGGAAGCAGUAAUAAAAGGAAGAGAAAAAUACCUGCGUGAACUCCAAGAAAAGUCUAGAGCUCACGAGGAAAAAGCGCGAAAAGUUCGACAACGGAAAGAAAUGAUAAACACAGUUCCAACAACUGCGCAACAAAAUGAAGCUUCCAUAGACAUUUUUGCGUCAGGUUACUAG